UCUCUCUAGCUUGCUCUGCUGGUAACUGUUGUCUGUGCUAGUGUAGCUAGUGUUUGUGUGAGGGCGCUGUGUCUCUGACCCUGCCAGCAACAUUAGCAGUCUUCAUUACUGCUGAGCUGCUGCAAUAUGGCCCAGGCAAGUAGUCCAACCGCCAGCUCAGGUCAUGGCGAAACUACUAAGAAACCACUACCUGCUACCGUGAAGAAAUAUCAUGACCGUCUGUGUGCUGCCUACAGCAAUGUGCAGUUCUGCAUAGAGGAGACCAAUGAAGAGAAGGAAAGAAUCUUGCAACUUGACGAGCUUUAUGCUGAUCUCCAUGUAGUGUCCAAGCAGAAGUUAAAUGCCAGGAUGCGUGACGCAGAGAGACUUGGCACAACUGCGGGCAAUGAGCGGCUGGCUCAUUCAUUUGCGUCUGAAGCUAGGAAGCUGCGCAAAAUGAAACUUGCCGAGAUUCUCAAUGUCAAGAAAGCCAUGCGACAACGCAUGCAUGGGAAGACUUUCCGUGCCAUUGCCCUCUCAUCGGCUGGAGCAGGCAAAACCAUGCUCUUCACCAAGAAGGGUCCGUUUGAAUGGGCAAGAGGGCAGAUUUGGCCACACAUCGCUGUCCUGCGUGCACUGGAGCUGCGCUUGGAAGAAGUGCGCAAUAUCAAAAGCAUCGCUGAGCUGCUGGAUUUGCAGAAUUACGGCAUCACAACAGAAGGUGAGCAGGUUGAAGUCAUUGAUUUUGUUUGCAAUCAUCCGGAAUCUGUCUGUAUCAUUCUCGACGGCCUCGACGAGAUAAAGCUCGCCGACUGCAGCAAGUUCAUGUACAACGUCAUCUGCGGCAAAGAAUUACCGGGGAUCAACCUGAUCAUCACGUCACGCCAUUCAGCAGAAGCAAUGAAGCUGACACAAAACCGGGACAUAGUCUUUCAUCGUCGUGUGGAGCUGCUAGGCUUUGAGAAGCAGGGUUUGGAGCACUACAUACGCAAUGUCCUGUCUCCGAAAGAUGCACCCAAGUUGCUAGCAGAGCUCCGCACCAACCCGCAGCUGGCCGCAAUGAUGCGUACUCCGUUUUUUGCCCAAGCAAUCUGCAGCCUCUACCGACACAAGCACAGUUUGCCAAACACGCCGGGUACAAUCGUCAACUCGCUAAUCCUCCAUCUACUGAAUCAGCACGAAGGAAAGCUGCCCAGCGAUGGUGAGCAAUACACCGAUUGGGACGAUGUUCCCGACGACGUCCAGGAAAAUCUUCUUGAUCUCUCCCGCUUCGCUUUUCACAUGCUCAUCCGCCGGAACGUUGUCUUCACUGAUGCCGACUUCAAAAUGUUUUCACUGUCAUUGGCAGCUCGCACACUUGGAUUGCUCAUCGCCUGCGACAAGGCAUCACCACGGUCCAAGACUCAGUGGCGUUUCAGCCACCUGGCACUUCAGGAAGCUCUAGCAGCUUGCUACAUCGCUAGCCGCUCUCCCAUUGCAGCUGACAUCGCCUGGCUUGUGCAGCGACUUGGAGCAUUCACAGGCAGCCUCAACAUGUUUUGGCGUUUACUGGCCACUGAGCUGGACAGUGAGUCCGUCAAUGUGUUGAUCAAAGCCAUUCUCAAUCCGCAGUCCACAUCGUCUACUCAGCCACAGAAUGCCGACGACCACCAUUCCACAGGAGCAGAGGGGCACAACGUCACGUGCUUUCUCUUCACCACACACGACCACAUCAUGGAAUGGGCCGACCACGUGUCCUCCUUUCUCUCGCUUGACGAAGCAGAGCAUCUUGCAGAAGAAUUGCUGGGUGACAGGAUCGGUCUCGCAUUGUCUGCUCCUGAAGUGGUCCGCCUCGAAAUUGACCCCGCCGUCACCAAAAUCACCUGCAAGGAUUUCGUUCGUUCAAUGCUACCCAUAUGGACAGACCGCGUCCCCAGUGCCAGUACACAGUUGCUACACUAUGCCAUGGCCCACCAGGCGCAAGGUUCGGCCAUUCGAUGCUUCACCGUCACUCCCACGUCCAAGCUACCUCCAGUUCCUCCAUCCGACGAAGCAGCUCAGCCACCCGCACCUCUGGAGAACGUCAGUGUCGCGGAACGAAGACAACGAAUCCUCUACGCCUGCCGGGUCUUCGCGGAGCACGUCAACGCCAGGCAAAGCAGCAUCGAAGACAUCAAAAGCAUGCAAGCUAUCUUGACGGAGUACGGAGUAGAUUUCUACGGCGUUCCUCUCACACCGUCGGACUGCCAGGCCGCCAACACAGUCAUCCGUCACCACCACCAGUUCAUCACCAUCAUCAACCUGGGCAACUGUGGUAUAGGUGAUACCGGGUACGCAUGCAUGGCUGAUGGCAUGGCUCUACUACGCAAUCUUACGCUCAUCAACCUGGCACUGAACAACCUAACAGAUCGUCACACGGCCCAUAUCGCAGCGUGUAUCGCAUCCAACACGUCAACACUGCGAGAAGUCUACACAUCCCGGAACCUGUUCAGCAGCAAUGCUAUGGCCACCGUCCACAGCAACACACACCGCUGUACGCGACUGCUGGCAGUGGACUUUGGAGGUCAAAAGUGCACCGAUCCAGCAGUCAACCUUGACGUCAUCACCACAGUCUGCAGCAACUGCCCAGAUCUCCAGUACGUCGGUCUCACUGACUGCGUACUGGAUAUGGAAGGUCUAACCCAGCUAGCACCAUUGUUAGGAGCACUGAGGCUGAGAAUGCUGGAGCUGACCAAGGUUGGGAUGAAGCAGAACUCGGCUACGAUCGUCAGUAGAAUCAUUCAACAGCAACACGAGAGUUUGGAGCUCCUCUCACUCGUACGCAAUGAGCUAAUUGGAGAUUUCCUGGAAACUGUUCGUGGUGAGCUGAGGCAGUGCCGACGCCUAGAGCAGCUGUACCUGGACGACGACUGCCUCUCGUCGGGAGCUCUGCCGGUGCUUGCGUCCCUGCUGCCCAGCCUGCCAAACCUAUCCAAGCUCGAAAUGGGGAGGAAUGAUUUCCGGGACGCUGGCGACGAAGCAAAGCUGUUCGCCGCCGCUGCUGAGAGCUGCUCGUCUCUGAAGGAGCUGGAGAUGCCUGGAAGAGCUCUAGUGUCUCCACGACUGCGUGAGGCUCUAAGUGCCAUGGUGAGAGAUGAUCUGAAUGUGCAGUAUAACCAGUUUCGCUGGCCCGACGAAGUGGAGAAUGACGACGAAGAAGAAGACGAGUACGACGCUGAAGGAGAUAGCGAGAGUGAGGAAUGAGGAGGUGAGAGAAUUAGCACAGACGGAUUUGUGUCCUUAUGAAAAAAGCUUGUGCUGGUCUAUCGCUUCCUCCUAGCAUACAGUCGGUCUGUGUGUGUUCUUUGGAGUGCACGUGCGUAUGUGUGUGCAUGCGUGGUAGUGCUUCCGUGGGUGCGUGCUCGUACAUGCGUGUCUGUGUGUGUACUUGAACGCAUACUGUAUUUUUUGUGUGUGUGCACAUUUGUGUUUUGGCUGGACGUUCGUUCCUUCGUUUUUAGUCAGUUCCAGGAGUUACUGUGUUGACCUUUGACCUUUGAACUUUAGACCCUGAUAAUGUAUAUUUUCGUUUAGUAAAUUUGUUGGAUAAUUGUGAACUAUCUUUGAGAGAAAUUGUGUUUCUUACUUGGUCAUGGUGCCGUGCCUUUACUGGUCGCAUGUUUCUUACUUGGUCAUGGUGCCGUGCCUUUACUCGUCGCAUGUUUCUUUCACAAAGUUUGCAUCUAGUGAAUAGAAUAGUUUUUCUUAGCAUUGCAGCUGCAUUGUAGCUUUGUCAUCUUUCCACUGAACCUCUAACCCGUACGUGGACGUAGAAUGUUGUAGUAAAUAAUGUUUCUAGAAAUCGAAUACUUUUCCCUCUCUUAUGAGAUUUCACACUUAACUGGUAUUAGAAUUCUAUGACCAAUGUACUUCAAGUAUGUUUGUGUGGUGUGUGUUUUGUGAAUGUGUGUAGUUAUAAUGUGAGUGUUUACUAGUUCAUCUAUGUAAGGCAUACAUGUACAUGUUCGUUUGUGUGCAAAAGGUCUUUUUGUUGAUUUUCGAUUGAUCUUCUUAUAGACUGCAUUCACUUCAUCAUGAUUGCAUCGUACCUGUAAAAUGCUUCAACUGUGUAGUACUGCCACUGUGUACUACUCCCAAUGUAAAUGUACUAAUAUCUCUUGGUUUUAUCUUGCUGCCUGCUUCGUGCAAGACAAUUGUAUUUUCCACCUUGGCUGCUUUCCCUUAGUUUGUUGUCUGUAUCAUCAUGCUGAGCUCAUUCUUGUCACAAACUCCAGUAAGCAACU